CGGGUCGAACGCAGCGAGGCUGGGCCUAAGGAGGGGCCCGCCCGGGACGGCCUUGGGAGCGCACGCGAGGCCGCGUUGGGGCCCCGGCUGGGCGCAGAGGACGCGGCUAUGGCCCUGUGGUGGGGGCGCCGGUGCUGCUGUGCCUGCUCUCGCUCACUCUCCGACCCGCUGAGGAGGAGCUGGAGCUCGGCGAGCAGCGGCCCCAGGUUGCCGGCGCUCGCGUGGAAAGCGACAUCUGAUUUUCCAAGGGGAAGUUUAUCUUUUUCCUUUUCAAGAACACAUAGCAUAUUUUGGCGAUUUCAUCACACAACGGUGCAAACGCACAGCUGCGGUAAAGUUGUUAGUGAUGAAAAACACAAAGAUCCUUUUCAACUUGGAAGGAAAAACUUGAAAAAUCUCUAUGAAGAUAUUAAAAAGGAAUUGCAGGUAUCUGCUACAGAACUGAAGGAAAUGUGUGAAUAUUACUUCGAUGGCAAAGGGAAGGCUUUUCGGCCGGUGAUUGUGGUCCUAAUGGCUAGAGCAUGCAAUUUUCAUCAUAACAAUUCUGGAGAGAUGCAAGCAAACCAGCAUUCUAUAGCUGUAAUUGUAGAAAUGAUCCAUGCAGCUACUCUAGUUCAUGAUGAUGUAAUUGAUGCCGCACAUUCACGAAGAGGAAAAAUGACCGUUAAUCAAAUCUGGGGAGAGAGGAAGGCUGUUCUAGCUGGUGAUUUCAUUCUUUCGGCAGCAUCUGUAGCUUUAGCACGUAUUGGGAAUUCAAGCAUUAUUUCUCUACUAACACAGGCGCUUGAGGAUCUGGUGCGUGGUGAAUUUCUUCAGCUGGGUUCCAAAGAAAAUGAAAAUGAGAGAUUUGCUCACUACCUCGAGAAAACCUUCAAGAAGACUGCAAGCCUUAUAGCAAACAGCUGUAAAGCAGUUUCUGUUUUAGGCUGCCCUGAUCCAAAUGUUCAUGAGAUUGCAUACCAAUAUGGAAAAAAUAUUGGGAUAGCAUUUCAGCUGAUAGAUGAUGUCCUGGAUUUUUCAUCAUGUUCUAAGCUGUUGGGGAAGCCAACAUCAGCUGAUCUUAAGCUUGGAAUUGCCACUGGCCCUGUUUUAUUUGCUUGUCAGCAGUUUCCAGAAGUCAAUGCCAUGAUAAUGAGGCGAUUCAGUUUGCCAGGAGACGUUCAACGUGCCCAGGAGUGUGUCUUACAGAGUGGAGGUAUACAACAAACAAUUUACCUUGCCCAGCGGUACUGCCAUGAAGCAAUGCGAGAGAUCAGCAAGCUUAGACCAUCCCCUGAAAGAGAUGCACUCGUGCAGUUGGCGGAAAUCAUCCUAUCCCGAGAAAAAUGACAAGCCUUCCACUUACUUUGGCAGCUAUUUUUACCAGACUGUGCCUCAAAGUACAUUGGCAGAACAACGUGGCUUGCUUCCAGUACAACUACCAACUUUUUAAAAAAAGUUAUCUUCACUGAAAGAAAUAUAACUAGGAUUUAUGAAGUAAAAAUGUUUUAUUGAAGGAAGCCAUACAAAAUAAUGAAAACGAGAUCAGUCUGUUAAGCUGAUAGCAAGGCCUUGUGCCUGUGGAUUUUUAACAAGGAGGGUUCUUGUUUCAUGUGGGCACUGUUUACAUUGUUCAAUAUUGACACCGAAGGCCACAAAGAAUAAUAAAUACAAUCAAUGUGUUGAAAAAAAUCA